AUGCUCGUUUCCCUCACUGUCGGCAAGGUCGAUGCCGGCGUGACGGUGCUCCUGACUCCAGACAAACGGUUGAUUGAAUUCCCUUCUAUCCUCCUGCCGCCCAAUAUCGUGUCCGGGUCAAUAGUAGACAUCACCGUCGCGCGCAACAAUGCCGCUGAGGCCGAGUCCGACAAGAAAUUUGCUGCCCUUCAGGAGAGUAUCCUUGCCGCCUUUGGCGCGUCCGAACCCAGCACGCCAGUCCUCCGCUGCAAAAGUGCCUCCCAGUUUGCCAUCGUCCUAGAAUGGGAUAACAUCGAGCUGGCGACCGCCGACCUCUUCUCCCUGUCGCUGUAUCGUAAUGGCCAAAAGAUUGGCAACAUUCCUAGGCCGCUAGAAAUGUCCAGUACCAAAAUGAGCGGCCUUGACGUUAACGCCAAUUACACCUUUCACCUCGUGUUGAGGACAUCUGCCGGCACCCUAACCAGCAAUCAGCUCGUCGUGCGGACGCUAAAGAUGACAGACCUCGCGGGCAUCACCCUCACCACCGGCAUUCUACCAGCCAAUGUACGCGAGAACCUCAUUGCCGCGGUGGAGCGCAUCGGCGCGCGAAUUCUUGAUAAUGUUUCGAUUGAGACGACGCACUUUGUUACCACCGAGGGUCGUGGAGUCGCUUGGGAGAAGGCUCGUGAUAUGAAUAUUCCUGUUGUAAGGCCCGAGUGGGUAACCGCCUGCGAGGAGAGGGGUCAAAUUGUGCCGGUAGCCAAAUUUUAUCUUGACGCUCUUCGACCAGACCCCCUUAGCCAGGGCACUACACCCAACAAGCCCAUGGCCACGCCACCGCAGACACAAAAGGAGCUCCCCACAGCACCCUCCUCGGAUGAAAACAACGAGACUAAAGAUGCCAUGGAGAAGAAGACAGAGGAAGAUAGUAGCGCUGAAGAUGCCAAGGAGGAGACUAGUCAAGCAGAUAACGUCAAGGCGAAGUCUACGGAGGAACAGAAGAUGAGGUUGGAAGAUAAAGAGGAGCAAAAGGUUGCUAUACACCCGAAUAAGCAAGCCACAGUAGAGGAGGAGGGUGCUGAGGACGAGAAACAACCUGCACCGUCCCCCGGCGAUGGUGCGUCUUUCCAGGAUGUAGCACUAUAA